AUGACCGAUCUUCUAACCACCACUUCCAUUCACUCCACCCCGCAAACUCACUCGGUAGCCUCGUGGCCAAGAACGGAUGCUCAGACGGACACUGUAUAUAUGACUCAAACUCAAGUCACAUUCCUGGCAUUCGUAAUUGCAUUGCACAGGCCGGAGCUAUUUCUUGUAGCACUUCAGUUCUCGACCAAGUGGGUGUCAGGUGAAUUGCAUCCUGGCUUGUUCAAGUGCAUUACCGGCCUAGAUGAACCUAGGCUUCUUUCAAAGUCUGGCAAUGAAUCUGCUUCAAAUCAAUAUAAACAUUCUCAUCCGUCUUUGAUCGUCCGCUCCGCUCUAUGCCUGGCUGGCACUCUGACUCCAAGGAGUGUUGCAAGCUGCAGGGACGGCAUUAAAAGCAUGCCUAUUUCCUCACCGCACAAGAACUGUUUUCGGUAUGAGGUUUGGGGAAAAGGAAAUACACUACAGAAGAGUCUGGAGGUGACUUCAGAUUCAAGAAUGCAAGGAGUCGGUGUUGUCCUGUCAUGUUCCGGGAGAAGCUGUCCUUCAAACCUGGAACCCACUGCAGACGGCCUUAGUGUAUUUCUUACGUUGCAAGAAGAUUGA